UCUUUUCUCAAUUUCUUGUUGCUCAGUAUCAAACAUAUAACUUCUCUUUUGAUUCAUAUAUUGAGCCACUCGAAAAAUUAUUUUCAUAAAAACAGAUGAUCGAAUACAGUCGAACACGUUCGAGCUUGCACAUUUUUGGGUGAUGCCAGUUUAACAUGCUUGUUUUUCUAGUUGCCAGUUUUGCGGUUUUUACAUCCGCGAGUCUAUUACUAUGAGUGUUUAUAGUUGACAAGGGUGAAAGCAAACGAAGGGAACAUUUUUUUUUCAUACGUCGUUUUGAAAAACUAUCCGAGAAUUCGUUAUCAGUGACAGUGACAGUUAAAAAUCGACUUUAGUAACUCACCACCAAGGCAACGUAAUGACGUUGGUUUGAAUCCGCUCUAAAACCAAUGAUUGCCCGAAAGUGAACCGGCUCGUGAUUGUGCAAUUGAAUUUGUAAUUGGUGUGCGUAAAAGCGAUAAUUUUUACUAAUAACUUUGUUUUAACCACGGUGAAAAGAAUGGGGAAAGUCCCAACAUUGAUCUAUCAAUCUGGCACUAUUACCGUGUUGGAACAUUCAAAACGUCAAGUAUGCAUCUUACUGACAGAAAUGUCAAACGUAUGUGACAUCUUGUGGUGGAAUGGGUAACUAUUACGCGAAGAGGUCAAUUGUGUUUUGGCUUGUUGUAAACUUAAUGGUGAAUAUUUCGUAAAACGUUUUGCUUUCGAAUAGAUAGAAGCUAAAUUGCGGUAGCAGCAAUGGCUCAGCGGGUUGUGGUUGCCGGAACAUAUGUCAGUAGGCCGAGUUACGAAGACCAUUUACCGGACUAUUGCCGUCUGUGUUUAGCGGAAAACAUCCAGAUGGUUACUCCGAAGGACGGUAAAGCGUUUAGUCAGCUUUCUGCGAAAAUUAGGGAUUGUUUGCAGCUUGCGAUAACGGCCGAGGAUCUCUCCCAGUCCUUGAUAUGCAAGAAAUGCUACGAAUCCUUAGAACAGUACAACCAGUUUCGGAUGCGCUGUGCACGGUAUGCAACGUACCUCAGCAUGAGAAAAUCGCUGCAACCGGACCGAAAACAACUGCUGCGUUUCGGAGAUAACUGGUACUGGUACUCGUGCAUUGGCGAAAAUUUGCGUACCGUCCACUGGGGCUGUAGCGUGGUUUGCUGUCCAGCUUACAUUAUUACCUAUCCCUCUGGGAAAGUGUGUACAAAAAAUGCCCACCAUUUACAUAAGCAAAAAAUGGAAGAGGUAAAAACGGUUUACUGUAACGGUGAAUUUGUCUUCGAUGGGUAUAGAUUUAGUUUCGACUUGAUUACCCACAAUAGAUCACUGAUGUUCGAAUGCAAAAGUCUGAAUGAUCCACAUAAGUGUUGUAAGGCGAUUUUACUUACAAAUGACAGAAGCGAAGUAUUAUCAAUGGGAGAACAUAACCAUGCCAGAGAAACUAUAAUAGAAUCUGCUAUCAAAGAUUCUGAUACUGGUAACAAGCAGUCAAUCACUCUGAUACGAGGAUCUUUGCGUGAGUUGGCCCUCUGUCAAGGCUUUUGGUAUGAAACGGUAUCCCGACAAAGCAGCGAAUCAUAUUGGAAUUGUAUCCGACCCAAUUGCUUGGGUGCGAUGACCAUGACUAACGGAGUGGUCGAGUUUAAUGGUACCCAUUUUCAUCAGCCAGUAUGGUUGAAGUGGGGUGCUCAAGUGAACAAAGCGUCAGCUGAACCAAAAACUCCAAUGCUGAUGAAAAUAAUAAACCCCCCACCCCUCAAUAAAACGCCGCCUAAAUUAGCCGUUUCCCCUGCUUCACAUUCAGGGUCUACGACGAUGCAACAAAUGUCGUCGAGUGUUGGCUCACCACCAUCCAACCAGCAGACGUUUGCUUACGGUUCAUUAAAACCAGUUUCAUUGUCCACGCUGACCAAUCAAGAUAUUAAAAUCGAAGAAACCAGGCUUACUAGCGACGGCAACUCCCAGGUACUAGGAUCAGUUGACAAUUCAUCUUCUGUAGGCUCCAUUGGUGAACAAACCACAUUUUCGAACAGUGCCUUUGGCACUCACAAACGAGUCUCAGAUAGCGCAUUUAUGAGCACCGCUGCUCCAGCAAGUAUACGACAAGUCACACCUGUAUCGACAAUUGUUCCUUUCCCUAAUGUUGCAAAUCAAUCACAAGCCAUAUCUGCAGCUUCACGAGCAACUUUCCCCAAGCAAUUGGAACCGCAAAAAUCCACCAUACCUCGUACCAAUUUUGCUGUCAGGCCAAAUCAUACGAUCAAAAUUGUCCAGUCAACGCCCCCGCAGGGCAUUCCAUUCAGAUCGCACCGUAAGCUACAACUUCCCAAACCUUUUCCAAAUCCAGUGGGUAUGCCCAAAAUUUUAAAUGUCAUGUCCCUUAAUGAAGCUGCGACUAAACCACCACCACCGAAAUCAGUUGUAAUUACUACAGUGACCGCGCCAAAUCGCGUUCGAAGGCCAGUGAAUCCGGUUACCGUUCCACGGCCAUUGAUACAGACCCCAAUAAAGUCAGAGGAGGGAAACGACGAAGCUGAGGAUGAAGAACCCGAAACUAUUACGGAUGAGAUUAUGUCGGAGCCCUACAGGUCAGAGGACACUGGUAGUAUUAAGGAGCAAUCAUCGAACCCCCCCAUAUCCGAACCUAGGCCAUUGAUGCUGGUCGCUUCUGGUUCAGUUACUAAGGACAACACACUGAAAGUGACCGCUCUCGAUUCUUCAUUCGCUGGAAACAUUUCGCGUAAAACACCCACGAUUGCGCCUUGCAAUUUGGAGAGUAACUCUGGUUCUUCAGAGGAAACGCUAUCGGCUGAGCUUGAAGAGGACAGCCUUCGAGACCUUCAGGACGAUGAUGAAAUUCCGCCAAUUAUUCCGAUUGAUGCGAAUACGUAUUCCGAAGUUAAUAGACAGCCGCUUAAAAUAUCUAAUCCUACCUCAGGUUUAGCAAAAAUCAUCGGCCCAUCUCACAUACCCAGCAAUAUGUCCACUCUGACUAGGGUGGACGCUUACAAGACUGUUCGUUUGAAACAAGUUGCACUUCCUUUGAAGAACAAGCCGUUGCCGACAGCGCCACAAAAAAGGUUUAGUAGCGAAAUACAGUUCCAUGGAACAACGAUCAAAAGAUUUAAAAAGGUCACUGAAUCGGCUCAGAUGAGGAAGCAAACAGUUAUGGUUGAACCUGAAAAUUUAGAUAUUGACGAUCAGAAUGAUAACGGCGACUCCAUGAUGGAAGAUCCUAUUGCCGUUCCCUCGGAACCACAUGAAUCCGCUAAAGGCAGCGAUAGUGGUGAUAAUGAUAAUGAAUCCGCUACCGAUAAUGAAGAUCAACAAGUUAGCACACCGCCUGCGACGAAUUCAGCUGAAGAAGGCGAAGACCUCGAUGAACAAGAAGAUCGGGACAAUUCCGAGGUAUUAAGCGACACAGGCAAUGUUUCGGAAAGUGCAGACCGCAGCAAACAUCAGUCGCCGGCAACCGUUUCUUCGGAACAACGACCGUCAAAUUCGACAAUGCAGUCGAAAAAACCACCGACCAGCGAAAUCAAGCCGGCCUCCAAAACUGUGCAGCUAGUUAAGCUUCAAAAAUCGGAACAGAUGCUCAAUUUCGAAGGACAUCUGUAUAAAAUAAAAUGGUGCAAUCAACGCAGCAACUUUUGGGAUUGUAUGCUGAGGGAGCAGGUUCACUGUCCAGCAAUUCUGGAAACCAAGGGGAACGAUUCGCGACUGUGGAGUCAGUAUGGAUUACAUAACCACAAGGUACCCAAACCGGUUUCCAAUGAAGAAAAUGCGGGCAGGUAUCAGAUGCUCAAUGCGACCAGUGUCAUUGAGAACUUGAAACUGCCUGUGCUGCAAACGGUCAAGGUGGCAGAUAUUAAGCGUCAGGAUGGCCAAAUGAUGUAUUUAAGAAAACGGAAGGUCUUCAAGUACAAUAUCAGGCUUGAAAAUUCCAUACCGAAGUUGUAUUUCACGAAUUAUGUCUACGAGAUUAAGGAGCCGGGUAGUCCCGGUUUUAGAUGGAAAUGUGUGACGUGCAGCAGCAUGCUGGAUACCGAUGAAAAAUUCAGUAUCGCAAAAGACGUUGCUGAGAUACACAACCACGAACCUGAACUAACUGUUAUAGAUUUAGUCGCCGGCGAUGUCGUUGAUGAGCCGACCAAAUCACCAGCGGCUGAAGAUCACGAAUCGCCCUUACCCGAAACAAUUGGAGAAAUCGAUGAACCAAGGAAAGCGAAAACGCCACCCUCAGUUGCUCAACAAACAGAUAAAAAAGAUGAGGACGAUGACGGGGUUGAAGAUUUGUUCACAAACCUACCGGAGAAUAAUCCGGUACAGCUUGAAGAUCCACACGAGCAAUCAGAUGAAGAAGAGGUAGUCCUAGAUCCUUUGAGUGGAGAAUUCGUUUCAAAACUGGAUAUUAAACGACGACAAAACAGAGCAAUUCUUCUGGGUACUAAUGAAGACGAGGAUGACAACGCAGAAAUGCUUGAUCCACUGACAGGCCAGUUUAGGCGGAAAGGCGAUAUUGGGCAAGAAGAAGAAUCUUCCAAUAGCGAUGCCGAUAUUGAUGAUAGCACGCAACAAUCCAAACCGGAUGAAAAUUUACCAGAUUUACCCAAUGAAGAUUUCGAAGAAUUGUUGAAAGGAACAGCAAAUGGCGAAUCUGACAAAAAGAAAUUUAAAAAAUUAAAACCUAAUUCGCUGGCCGCAUUGAAACAAGAAAUAUCGCUUCAUAAGAAAUUGCGAGAACCUGACUCCGAUCGCAAUUUUGAAGUCUUGCCGCAGGAAAACGAAAAUUCUUGCUUGAUUCGAUUCGCUGAGUUUGCCUACCAGUUGGAUAGCAUACAAGACUCAUUUUCCACCUGGAAGUGCCACCUUUCGCCGCAAUACGCCUGCCGAGGAAAGGUUAACCUAAAUAACAGCCUGAAAGAAGUGUCCGUUGGUGGAGUUAAUCAUUGUCACGCGUCCACUGUUCAAGACAUGUUUUUGGCUCAUUCUGAUCAACAGGAAGGAGAAAUACUAGACAAAGAUCAGGAAAUGCACCGGCAGUUUACAUUUUAUAAGCUGCCGAAAAAUGUGUACAUUCUACGUUUAGAUGAUGGUUAUUUUUACAGCUGCCACACUAUUUCAAAAGACGGAGUUGGCUGCUGGCGGUGUGCACAACGGCAAAGCUUUAACUGUAAGGCAAUCGUGACAAUGGAGGGAGAUUUCAUUUCGUUGGCGAGAAAUCGAUUCGGUCACAGCCACGAUCGACCCGUUAGUGAUGGUGAUGGAAAGAAUCUGCCAUCCGAGCUUGUUAACGAUUCCGCAGGUUCCAAGAACAUGGAAUCGAAAAAGAAGCAAGAUGACAAGAAGAAAGGCAAGCGACAGACGCUUUAGUGUGACCACCAUAUAAUCAGAUAAUUAGUAUAGGUAGUAGUAUACUCAUUGUUUUGAAUUAAUCGAUCCAACAUGAUUUUAAACAUAGACUGUGAACAUCCGAACCAUAAGCUGUGUUCAUAUUUGCCGAAAGUAUGUCACAAUUCAACAACUCUAUCUUUCUGUCGUGCAGGCUACAAUGGAGAUGGGUGGACGACCCUUUGUUCAUAUCAUAUGUAAUAAAGGGUGAUUCAACAUGAAUUUUUUUUAACAUGGCAUUUUCUAGUGGUUAACGGAUGCUAACAGCAAAAUGUCACAUUCUUGUUGUUCAGUUUUGUUUGCCAUUUUAUAAUGGAACGACUUUCACCGGCUUCAAAUUGUUCCACUGUUUUACACAAGUCAGCGCUCGGCGAGGAAAGUGUUUCGUUCGCUCUGACCAUGCUAUGCCGCUACGGUUUACAUAAUCGAUCCUAUAUUUGCCGUACAAUCGAAAAGUAAUUCACGUUAUUGGUCGAUGAGAUCGAUCACAUGUACUACGCACAUAGCGGCAAAGGCCGAACGUGUACGCUUUGAUCGCGAGAACGUUGGGCAGAUCAUCCCAACCUCGAAAGUCACGUAUGAAGGUAUAGGUAGGCUCAACUAUAGACACUCAUAGUAAUAGACCAGCGAAGGUACUUUUAUCGAGCCAAACGAACUGUCAAAAUCCGGAGCCAAACGAGCAUGACGUCAUUCAAUGCAAACAAGCAGAACAAGUAUUGCGAUUUUAUUUAAAAAAAAUAUAUUUUGUUAUUCACAGUAGGCUUCAU